AGCUGAUUUAAUUGACAGGCGCCCGUUGACAUCAAAAAAGAUUGGACGCUUAAGUUUAAAUAAAUAUACUGUCGACCAGACGAAGUAUUUCGUUUUGAGGCUUUGCCGAGUGCGGACGAACAGCAAACAUCAGCGUAAAAAGCUUUGGCCGGGAUUUGUGUGUGCGCUGAUAAACAAUUCAUCUGAACAAACAACCAUUCCAUUCCGGUUGGGAAUACAUUACGGCCAAGCAACUAACAUUUAAAAUGAAAUAUUUCGGCGGCGUCGAAGGCGGAGCAACGCACUCCAGGCUGGUCAUCUGCGAUGAAAGCGGCCAGUCUGUGGGGUCUACCAGUGGCCUGGGCACCAACCACUGGGGUAUUGGCAUUCCGGAGUGUGCGCGACGCAUUGCCGACAUGGUUGAGCGGGCAAAGGAGGAGGCCAACAUAUCGAAAGAGACUCGGCUAACCAGUUUGGGCCUCAGCCUGAGUGGCUGCGAGCAAGAAGCCACCAAUCGAGAGCUGGAGCAGGAACUGCGCACCACAUUCCCCAACCUGGCCGACAGCUAUGCUGUUUCCAGCGAUACCAUGGGCAGCAUGUUCACCGCCUCCUCCAUCGGCGGCAUAGUGCUCAUCUCGGGCACGGGCUCCAAUUGCCUGCUGCGCAACCCUGACGGUUCCACGUUCAACUGCGGCGGAUGGGGCAACUUCCUUGGAGACGAGGGCAGCGCCUGGUACAUAUCCUAUCGCGCCCUUAAGGUUGUCUUUGAUGACAUGGAUAGCUUCGAGAAGGCCCCGGCUUCUAUAACCAAAACCUGGGCCCUGAUCAAGGAGCACUUCAGUAUUGAGACCCGCUACGACAUGCUGCCCCAUUGCUAUGCCAAGUUUGAUAAGCCCUUCUUUGCCAACCUGUGCAAGAAACUGGCCCAAAAUGCCGAGGACGGAGACGAACUGGCGUUGAUACUCUUCCGCGAGGCUGGCGUCCAUCUGGCCCGCAUGAUCACGGCAUUGUUGCCCAAUGUGCACAAGGAUCUGGUCCAGACGGGCGAGCUGAACGUGGUGUGCGUUGGUUCGGUGUGGUCCAGCUGGAACCUGUUCCAAGGGGCCUUUACCAAAGAGCUGUCCAAGCAGAGCAUCAAGUUUAAUCUCAAGCUGGUGCGCAUCACCAAGAGCAGCGCCUACGGUGCCUGUUACCUGGGUGCGGACAGUGCCGCCUUUAACCUGCCGCGCAAAUAUUCCGACAACUUUACAGUAUUGCACACCAUAUCGAAGGGCGGCAAAGCCCCGACGGGGAAUGGCGUGGCCACUAAGUGUUGCAAGUGCCAAGAAAAGUGAACCAGGACAUUAAUUCAUUCCUAAAUACAUACAAAAUUCCAUGCGUAAGUGUAAGAGUCGUUUUGUUUUGGGGUUUGUUAGAAAUACGUAUGAAAAUUUUAUUCGAUAAAGUUCAUUGUAUUAAGAGUGUGCUUCGUGUGUCUGUGUGUAAAUGUUGGCUGUCCACAUCUUCCAUUUUAUAAGUAUAGUACGAGUAUGUAUUGUUUUCUGUUCAUUCGCUGCAUCUAUAUCUGUAAUACUUUCGAUUUUAUUUAAAGCCAAUUCGUUCUUGUUUUUAUUUUGCGCCGUGCUGUCUGUCAAUUCUUUGGCUAAUUUGAUUCUCAAAUCGUGGAGCAAAAGCAAAUUAAGAAUGUUAAGAAUGUUUUUCUAUUGGUAUGCCAAAACAUAAUAUCUUAGGGUUCGUUCUUACAGUAGAGUAUUUGGGAUAACAUACGAGUAGAUUAAAUAGAACGCCAUAGCAUGGGGGGAAUCAAUA